AUGGAAUCAAGCCCGCCAAGGUCCGCCAAGGUCCGCCGAGAGUCCGCCAAGAGCACUAACCAGCCAAUCCGCGUCUUCCUUUCGGGGACUCGCUGCUGGGUUGCCAAGAACAUCCUCAAGACUUGCGGUUUUGCUUCGCCCCGAGACAAGCAGGCGAAGACAGGCGAAGCUUGCACUCGACAAGACCAAUACACUUGGCCGGCUGCCUUGCUGAAGUCAAUGAGUGAUUUUCCCUGCCAACCACGGGCCUGCCGGGCAAUCUCGAACCCGAAGGGCCAUGGGGAUCAAGCGCUCAACAGCUCGUCUCUCUUCACGCAUAUUGUCAAGAUGGUGCUCCACCAGUAUGACUACAUCUUUGCCAUUGGCACUCUGUUUGCCAUGCUUGAUGCCUACAACAACGGUGCAAGUAUGUCAAUGUCCCGCAUUCCUGCUCUUGGAUACAAGAUUACUGACAUUGCCUGUCUUCAAGAUGAUGUGGCCAACUCCUGGGCUACCAGUGUCUCCUCCAGAUCGGUCACCUACCGACAAGCCAUGAUCUUCGGCACCGUCUUCGAGAUGCUGGGCGCCAUCACGGUCGGUGCUCGGACGGCUGACACCAUCAAGAACGGCAUCAUUCCCAACUCGGCCUUCCGCGGGGAUGCCGGUGUUCAGAUGCUUGCUUUUACCUGUGCCCUCGCCGCUGCCUCCUCCUGGGUCAUGUGGUGCACCAAGCACUCGGCCCACGUCUCGUCGACCUACUCCCUCAUCUCGGCCGUUGCCGGUGUUGGUGUUGCAACCGUCGGUGCUUCCAAGGUUCAGUGGGGCUGGAACAAUGGAAAGGGUCUUGGAGCGAUCUUUGCAGGCUUGGGCAUGGCUCCCGCCAUCUCGGCCGCCUUCGGUGCGAGCAUCUUCAUGCUCAUCAAGCUCAUCGUCCACAUGCGCAAGAACCCCGUGCCCUGGGCCGUCUACACCUCGCCCUUCUGGUUCCUCAUCGCAGCAACCAUCUGUACCCUGUCCAUUGUCUACAAGGGCUCGCCCAGUCUGGGUCUGAGCAAGAAGCCCGGCUGGUAUAUUGCCGCCGUGACGAUGGGUUGCGGUGGUGGCGUCGCGCUCCUCUCGGCCAUUUUCUUCGUCCCCUUUGUGCACGCCCGGGUCAUCAAGCGCGACCACGGCGUCAAGUGGUGGAUGUUUAUCCUCGGCCCUCUGCUCUUCAAGCGUCCCGCUCCUGAGGGUGCCGAGCGCGCCAAAGUCCCCAACUACGCCGUCAUCCAGGACGAGGAGCACGAGGAGCACCCAGAGCAGGCAUCCCCCGCUCCCUCCGAGCAGACCCUUGCCGAGUUUGAGGGCAAGACCCCCCAGAUCGAUAUCGAACCCAUUACCUCGCCUGCCAUCUCCCCCAACGAGAAGAGCCUCGUCGCCACCGAGGCCAAGCAGCUGACCUACAAGGAACUCGUGGAGGAAUCCAACGCCCGCCUGAACACCCGCCUCCUCAAGAAGCGAGGACCCCUUGGCUGGGCGAUGCGCACCCUCCGCGACAACCCGAUGGGCCCCGGCGAGAUCUACGAAUUGAAGAACAUCAAGAUCCUCGCUAAGCGCAUCCCCGCCAUGAUCACCGUCGGCUUGCUGUACGGCCUGCACUACGAUAUCCACGCUGCGCAGUCGGGGAUCAGCGGUACGCCCGAGGGAGAACGGAUGCAGCGUGUCUACGCCCAUGCGGAGAAGUACCCCAACGAGGUCGAGCACACGUAUUCGUUCGUGCAGGUUCUGACUGCCUGCACUGCUUCCUUUGCGCACGGAGCCAACGAUAUCGGUAACUCGGUCGGCCCCUGGGCUGUCAUCUACUCGGCCUGGAAGACAGGGAACGCGGCUGCGUCCAAGGCGCCCGUGCCUGUGUGGCAGCUUGCUGUUCUCUCCGGGUGUAUCUCCAUCGGUCUGAUCACCUACGGCUACAACAUCAUGAAGGUCAUGGGCAACAAGAUCACCUACCACUCCCCCAGCCGCGGUUGCUCGAUGGAAAUGGGCGCCGCCAUCACCGUCCUUGUCUUCUCGCAGUACUCCCUCCCCGUCUCGACCUCGAUGUGCAUCACCGGCGCCACUGUCGGCGUCGGUCUCUGCAACGGUACCCUCAAGGCCGUCAACUUCCAGCGUGUGGGUCUGCUGCUUCUGGCCUGGAUCAUGACCAUUCCCGUCGCUGGUACCCUUGGCGGUAUCCUGAUGGGCCUGUUCAUCAACGCUCCUCACUUCUCUUCUUGA